UUUCGUCGUGAACGGACGUUUUCCUCCCUAAGAGCGUGCGUUGGUGAAAUUGUGGCGAGAGUGAGCGAACGUUGUUGUUAGGUGUUGUUAGGAAACUCUCGCGCAUUCGGUAGUCGGGAAAUUCGUCAAUCCUGAUCCACAUACUCGAAGGUUCGGGUCUGUGGUGGUGUUGAAAUAGAUACAUUUUUUAAACGUGUGAUUGAUAGUUUUAAUUCACGUAUCGGUGUACUGUUGUUUUUUUUCUGCUGGAGUUGCGUUUUUGUUUGUGACCCAUUCAUCGGCGGACGUAGAUGGACACAAGUGUGUGCAAAUAAUUUGCUCCGGUAACUGGAUUGAUAGUGUGUUCCGACCUGAAAAGCCUAAGCUCUCCCCAGUUCGUGCAGAAUCGCGCGCAUCUGUAAUCAUUCCAAGCAUACAAUACUCAUUGCCAAUUGGUGGCGACUGCUGCAGUCCAGAAGAAAAACGAUGAAAUAUGAAUUGGAGAGCUAAGCCUACGGUCGAGGGAAAAACAAAAACGCUGCCAAGAGAGUGAUAUGCUUUGUGUGCGGAGGGAAAAUACGAAAGAAGAGAUUACAAUAAUGAUGGAAAAAUUAAAAUAAAAUGCAAUUAUGAUAAUAGCAGAAAGGUAAGGCUGCAAAAAAAUACAACGAAUAAACUGAACGUCUGAUCGUUGCAUCGUUGAUGUGUGAGCGGCGACGAGAACAACUUAAAAUCCUAUUAGAGUAGAGUGCAGUGUGUGCGGUGUUUUUGCGCGGGGUAUGCCGCCAUCGGUGCUGAAGAAGCGAGUGUGAUCAACCACCGGAGGUUCUAAGCACGCUACCACUGGCUGCAGACGACGACGGCGGUUCUAAUGUCUGACUAACCUAACAGCCCAGGAAUCCGGCUCAGCCUCAUCGAGUGCCGAGCAAGAAUAUAUAAAAAAAAGAUGAGAGCAUUUUACGAUGAUUUGUGCGUCAAGGGUCUGUGUAUUAUCUGAAAUAGAGAUUUCUCGGGUGAAAUCGUAACGAGAGAGUGUUCUAUAGAGGAAGAAAAUAAGUUUAUUGUUUAUAUCAAAAAUAGUUAUCAUAAAAAUAAAUAUUAAUAAAAAGCGGAACAAGUGAUCGUAAAGCAAGAACCUUCCGUCGAGUAGUGUGGGGGAGCUUAAAUCAGUGCAGAAGUACAUUGAGAGGAGCUAUGAUUUCAUGUGUAUAAUUUUUGAUAAUAAAUUUUUAUUGCGAAAUAUUGUAUUGUUAUCAAAUUCAGAUCGCCUGGUUGGCGAGAGCUUCAUGACUGCUGCUGCGUGCUGUGAACGAAAACAUAAUACACUAGAAGAGAGUUGAAACGAGCUGGCGUAAAAAAGGCAUAAAGCAAAUAAAGAGUUAAACAGAUUAAUUAUCGAGUAAAUCAGAUUAGUGUGUGUUCGCGCGGCGCGGCCGGUGUAAUUACCCAAUAAGCCUCGAGAGUGAACCGUUCUCGAGUCGACAGAGCUGCGAGCUAGCGCCUGGUACCAGACACUAUUUUUUUCUCGGUUCAGUCGAAAACCGCCGCGAAAAUUUCCGCCCUACUCGACACCCGCACGGUUCCACAAAAAUUCUGCAAACUGGAACCAUAUGACGUAAGCACGAUGUACGCGUACGCGCAGGGUGGAUCGCAAGGUCCGCCCCAUUACGCUACACCGAGCAAUGCGUACUUGCCGGCUACGCACCACCCGGGCUACCAUCACCCGGGUUACCAUACGGGUCCGUCGACACCGCCGGCAACAAUCACCUCGUACAACAAUGUACCGGGGCCGUCGUCUUUGCUGGGUCACCAUUACGGUUCGCAUAUGCCUCCGCCGCCGCCGCCCUUGCCAAGCGCAACGCAUACCUCAUCGUCGGCGGCAGCAGCGGCCGCGGCAGCUGCAGCAGCCGCCGCCGCGGCAGUGGCCGGCGUUAGCCCAAUGCAGACCGAUCCACAGCUGACGGAGCUGAACCCGCAACUUGGGAUCCCGAAACGGAGAAGAUCUGAUGAGGAGAGUGCUAGUGGUAACAAAUACAACAGAAUGGAAGAGGACAACGUUCAAGACAAGGAACGCUUCGCCAGUAGAGAGAACCAUUGCGAGAUCGAGCGGCGGAGGCGGAACAAAAUGACCGCCUACAUCACGGAACUGUCGGACAUGGUCCCAACCUGCAGUGCCCUAGCGCGAAAGCCGGACAAGCUGACGAUUCUGCGGAUGGCGGUGGCGCACAUGAAGGCGUUAAGAGGAACCGGAAAUACUAAUACCGAUGGAUCCUACAAGCCUUCGUUUCUUACCGAUCAGGAGCUUAAGCACCUGAUUCUGGAAGCUGCGGAUGGAUUUCUAUUUGUGGCUGGCUGUGAUACGGGCCGUAUUAUCUACGUGUCCGACUCGGUAACACCGGUGCUGAAUUACUCUCAAAAUGAGUGGUACAGUGGGAGUUUCUUCGACCACAUCCACCCGGACGACAUCGAGAAGGUGCGGGAGCAGCUUUCAACGCAAGAGCCGGCCAACAGCGGUCGGAUAUUGGAUCUCAAAACGGGCACCGUGAAGAAGGAGGGGCAUCAGUCCUCUAUGAGAUUAUGCAUGGGAUCGAGGAGAGGUUUCAUUUGCCGCAUGCGUAUCGGUCCUGUGUCGCCGGAAGCCAUGGCGUUAGGUCAUCUCAAUAGGUUACGAAGGAAAAACUCGCUUGGUCCGUCACCCGAUGGUCAUAACUACGCCGUGAUGCAUUGCACGGGUUACAUCAAGAAUUGGCCCCCGACUGAUAUGUUUCCAGGUGUCACGAUCGACCGAGGCCAGGACGACGACCUCCACAAUACGCACUGCUGUCUAGUAGCGAUUGCGCGGUUACAGAUUACCUCCUCGACGACAGCCAACGAUUUGAAUGCGAACAAUCCGAAUGAGUUCAUCACGCGGCAUGCCACGUGUGGGAAGUUCACGUUUGUGGAUCAGCGGGUGAUCGGUGUGCUGGGCUACCAACCGGUGGAUCUGCUUAACAAAAGCUGCUACGACUUCUUCCAUCCUGAUGACAUCGCGCAUAUGAAGGAGAAUUUCGAGCAAGUUCUGAAGCAAAAAGGUCAAAUGUUCUCGGUAAUGUACAGGUUUCGAGCGAAAAACAAAGAAUGGGUGUGGAUGCGAACUCAAGCAUAUGCCUUCCUAAACCCAUACACGGACGAUAUAGAGUAUGUCGUGUGCACAAACAGUUCGGCGAAAUCUCUUCACGCCAGUCAUGACACGGUGGGACCUGCUGAUCCGGCGGAUACGCCUGUAUCCUAUCAGGCACCCGGUCUAGACUAUUCGAUGCCAAGCAGACGCGAGACGACCCCUGCUAGUAGUAUAUACAAUCCUCACAACUUGAUUUCACACUUGCCAUCGCAACAGCAACAACCGCCAUCAGCGUCAGCCGCGGCCGCCGUGGUAGCCAACGCUUCCAUCCAGCGACCCGACAGUGCGCACAAUCCGGUGCAAUAUAGCUAUAAUCCUACGCCGUCUCCUAUUCAGUAUGGUUCGCCUGGUACGCCAGGAGCUUCCGGUUCGCUGGGGCACAUCUCCAGAACGAACAACACCUCGCCAACGCCUGCUGCGACAGCGUGGUCGCUACGACAGCCUCAACCCGUUACCGAAGGUUACCAGUACAGUGAGCUCAGCCCGAAUCGGUCUCCAACUGGACCCACGUACACCCAACUCAGUGCAACCGGAUCGCGACAAACGUCGACGUACACUCCGUCCUCCGCACAACCCGGUUCCGCCAUCUGGAGCGGCUGGCAGGCACAUCACCCGUCCGCCCCGGAGCCAAUGCAGACCGGCAGCAGUAGCGCCGGUGGUGGGGCUGCUGGCGGAGGUGGCAGCAGUAGCAACAGUUCAGCCGGUACGGCAGCAUCACAUAUCGGGCAGCAGCAGGAGAUGCCUCCGGAACACGCUCAACACAUGCAACAGCAGCACCAUCCUGCGCUGCAGCAUGGACACAGUCAUAGUCAACAGCACCAUGGUCACCACACAGGGCACCAUCCGUCACAGCAUCCACACCAUCAUCAUCCGCACCAUGCAGCAGCCGUUGCUGGACAUCCGCACCAGGUGCACCAUCCGGGUCAUCACCCGGGACAGCAUCCUGGUCAAGGGCACGAGCUAUCCGACAUGCUUCAGAUGUUAGAUCAAAGCGGAGCGACCUCAUUCGAAGAUCUGAACAUUCACAUGUUCAAUACACCGUUCGAAUGAAACUUGUUGUACUACGGUUAUAACAACUAUAACCAGACGCCGGCAGCGGCGACAUCCUAUCACGGAGGCGGAAGUGGAUCGGGUUUGAAUGGUGGGGCAAGUGGUAGUGCCAGUAACGGUAGCAGCUUCAGUGCACUGGCAGGCUUCGGAAGUAAUGGUCUAGGUGGAGGAAUUACUAAUGGAGGGGGUGUAACCAUUGGCGCUUCUGUUGGAGGAGGUUUAGGUAGUUUUGGGGGUUACGUGAAUGAACAAAUGUAAAUAGAUGUCAUCAUGGUAGAUUAGGGCUCGAUCUACAAAUGACAGGUUAUCUGAGGCUUGUCUAGCUGUGCAUAAACAGAAAUUUUAUAUCAAAGUACACGCUCAAUAGUUGUCACCCCUAUCGAAACUUUGUCACAAAUUUGUUAUUUAGUAUUUUUCAUGACUUUAAAAUACGGUGGACAUUUGCGCAACGUGUACUAUUUCAAUAUUUUUCGACUUUUAAGUACUUGACAUAAAAACUAAAGCAAAAUCAAAAUCAACGAAAAUGUUUAAGAUUUAAUAGACAAAACAAUAUGCCACUUUUUGUAUAAAAAUAAAGACGGAUGGUCGAAGCUAUGAUUAGAUUUGUUGUAUCCUAAGUUAGGCCUAUUAAAGAUGCGAAAACUUAUCCGUUUAUAUGUAUGUAUUAGCAAAAAUGAUAAAGCAGUUGCAAGUAUUGUGUUCAGUUCCAAGCAAAGCUUAACCCAGCAGACAACAGAUAGAUUCUUUUUAGCAGCAGUUAUUAAACUUUUUCAACUUGCUUACUCCUUAACUCGAAAAAAAACACAGUUUGAUUUGCAAGUAAAAAAAAAACUGCUGAACCGGAAAGGUGGUGUACUCAUAUUUAAUAGGCAAAGAAGAUGAAGCAUAUUUUCUAGCACACAAAGCGAAUUAUUUCAUUAUAGAUAUUGUUUUUUCCUAUUAGAAUAUUAGGUUGUGUGGAAAAAAGUCAGUUUUUUCGCUAAAAGAUGCUCACCCGACAGCAAUUUUGUGUGAGUGAAAUGCUUAUACAAACCGUGUGAACAAAUUCUGUAAAAACGAACAAAAACUCCAUUUUUCAUAACUAUAUCAUUAUAAAAAAAUGUGUACGCAACAAAUAGGCAAAAAAGAGAAAGUUUUUGGUAAUUGAGUAAAUGCAACAUUCGUUAUCUAAAUACUAAGAAAUUAUUAAAAUAUAAGCUGAAAAAUCGCUAGGUCUAAAACGCUACUGUAUAAGCUACAUUUAAUUUAAUAUAAAAAGAGGAAUUUGAUCUAUGAAAAUGAAGGAAUGUGCACAUGCGAACCUUAUGACUAUUUGAUUUAACGCAAAGUAUUUUCUGUAGUUUAUAUAAAAAACAAACAAUAAUUUAAUUUAGCAUAAAGCCGUGUAGAUCUAGAUGCUGAAUGUUUCCUAAAUAUUUGUUCUUUUUUUUCUUGCAUAUGGGACAUAGUACCCAAUCUGACUUCCUCCAUCUUGUGAACGCAACGCAACAACAACGCCAUCUGUUUUUUACUUUUUAACAAUUGUUUUAGUCCAUAGUUCAUCAUAAUUUUCCAGCUCGGUUAUGUUGUCUAAUUGUGACAAGUCAGCAACAAGCAACAAUUAUCACUAUUUACCUAUUAAAGCAUUUAGUUUAGCCGCCAACUAGCGAACGGAUAAUUUAUUUGUAAAGUAGAUAAAUUGAAAACCUACCUUAUUUUGUAAGUUUGUAAGCCAAGUUGGCUUAAACCGAGUUGGUUUCUUCCCAAGAUAAACAUAUUUUCCCGAAAAGCAAUUUAAGUCUUCAGUAAUGCAUCAUUGUUCUGAAAGAGAAAACGAAACUAGCAGUUGUAAGGCAGGGCAGAAUCAUCAUGAUUGCAAAAGUUCCAUAUUGUUCCGAAUCCGUGAAACAAAACAAAAAAUAAACACUAAAUAGCACUAAAUUGAUAGUCCAAAUUAAAUUAAAAGUUACAGUCUGCCGAAGUCCGAGAAGCAAUCCUGCAGAAAAAAGUACACGCGUCUGAAUGGAAAAAAAUGCAUAAAAAUGAAAAACGAAGAAAAAAUCAUUUAACUAUCCAUUUGUAAAAAAGAUGAUUGUAUAAGCGAAAAUAUACUCUUUUCAAAAUAUGGGAAAAGAAGAAAAAAUAUCAGAAAUAAAACGAUAUAACGUUUAAUAAAAACUA